UGCCUGAAGAAAGGUGCCCGUGUGGCCCAGCAGUGUAUGGAUGGAGGAGUCCAGGCUCAACUCCUGGCUGAGCUGCUGGGACGAUAUGCACUGCUCCGGGAGAGGGGCAACGCCAGCCUCACCACUAACCUCAUUGACGCUGUUAUCCAAAAAAUACGAGAGGAGCUGGCCAACCUGGACCAGUCCGAGGAAGUGGAGCAAAUCACAAAGCAUUUCCACAAUACGUUGCAGCAUUUGAAGAAUCGCAUGGAGUGUCCCGAUCCGGACGGUCUAGGUUACGAGGGAUUAGUACUGUCUUAAUUUCCAUGAGUUGAGUAAUGUUUAGUGUUUGAGAAAUAUUGAGGAGAGGUAACAACAAAGUUGGUAAUAGAGCAAGAUUUGUUGUAAGUAAAAAAGUUUUAAUAAUUAAUUAAAUAUAGUAAAUAGCUCAAUCUUGGAAAAGAGUUACUUAUGUAAUGAAGCAACUAAAUUCUUCAAAAGUUUGGGUAGGAAUCAAAUUUGGCAGAAAGUAUUUUCUCAUGUAUCAAACAUUCAAAUAAAUAACGUCCUUGUUCAAUUUAGUAAAUAUUAUGCAAGAAAUAAUUUAAUUCAAUGGAAAAGCAAGCUGGCGUUUUGCAUACAUGUUCAACGAUAUCUAAAUUGGAUAGGGAUUUGCACACUAUUUUCAACUAUAUUUGAAUUGGAUAAUGUAAAUAUUUAUUAUCAGUGGAAAUAAUUGUAAAUAUCCAAUUUUAUUUUAAAUUAAUCAAGCAAAUUAUUUACAAGUGAGCCAUGUAAGUUGUUUUUUUUUUAUCAAUAGAUAUUGGAAUGUAUUAUUUAUCUAGCGUAAGAAACAUUCCUGUUUUAAUUAAUGACAUUUUGUGUUCGUAGACUGGCUGUUCCAAUAUACAUUGCGAGCACUGCUCAGUGGUCUCGAUGGUGAAAAAUUCGUUCCGUUAUGGACUGCCAGUACACUGCCGCAGUACCCUACGGAAAUAUAUGACGUCAUAAAUCGCCACUAUUUUUGUACUGUGAGCACUGGCGCUUUCUAGUGCAAUAAAAUUGCGCGCGGGCUGGCCAAGCAGGAGCAUAUCGCCGCUCCCGCGUCCCGCCAGUCGUCCGCAGCGCGUCAUAGAAAGCACCUGUGUACAACUUUAUCACGCCCGCUGUCGUCGUCUAUACAACUAAAAAAUUGGAAGGGAUUAGUACCUAAGUCACAAAAAUGGUAAAUAAACGUAACAAAAUAAAAAAAUAUUCACGACUGAAGCUCAAGAAACUGAAAUUGUUGAACCUGAAUAGAACUCUUGUCAACGCUAAGUCUGACAUUGUGGAACUGCCAGCUGAGCAGUUACAGAGCACAAGUGAAUCCGUCGCUCCACCACAAUAUCCAGAAACAUUUGACGGGACAGUAGUGGAACUACAAUCAGUAUCGCCCAGUUUUUUUGACACCUCAGAAAAAGUACUUGGUACUGAAAGAAUUACAGGAACGGUCUCUCCGCAAAUUCUAGAAAUAUCUGAUAUGGCACCAGUGAACCUUCAGCCAGUGUCAGUCACACCACCGCCAUGUGUGACCGAAGCCCCCGAAGACCCGCCUUAUAUAGUGGAGCAAGAGUGUGAGACAAACUCGAUCAAAACAAUCACCGGUCGCAGAAUUGUUGACAUCGUUUAUUUUUUGGAACAAUUGCAACAGCAAAAACACGACCCUCUAUUUCAGUGUGAUUUCAGUUGCUUGGUUUUAAUAACAGAAAAGCGCACCGGCCUCGUUUCACAUUUCAAUUUCCAAUGCAGGAUGUGCAAGAAAUAUUUCAAGGUGUGUACUGAUCAUUUGGACACUGAUCGUAUAGAUAUUAACACUGCAGCAGUCUCAGGUAUAGUAGCCUCUGGGAUUGGGUACUCACAAUUCGAAGAGACUAUGUCUGCUAUGGACGUUCCUAUUUUCCGUGAAAAAUAUUACGCGAAAAUUCAAGAUCACAUGUUCAAUGAAUGGGAAGCUACAGCAGUGGAGGCAAUGGAACAAGCUGCUGCUAUUGAACGUGAGGCAGCAAUUCAAGAAGGGAGGGUUUUUAAUGGUUUCCCUGUGAUUGAUGUGUUUGCGGAUGGUGCAUGGUGUAAACGCUCUUAUGGCAAUAACUAUAAAGCAAUGUCAGGUGUUGCUGCAAUCGUAGGUCGAAAAUUUGGAAAAGUUCUUUUCAUUGGCGUCAAAAAUAAAUAUUGCCUAAUAUGUGCAAGAGCAGAGAAACGUCAGGAGAAACCGAAAAGUCACGUUUGUUAUAAAAAUUAUGAAGGCCCGUCCAGCGGAAUGGAAGCGACAAUCGUGUGCGAGGGUUUCAAAGAAUCCACCAAUAUGUAUGGGCUAAUAUAUGGCAAUAUUGUGGCUGAUGGUGAUUCUGCAACCUAUGCUAAAAUAUUAGCAUCAGAUCCGUAUGAAGGCUACGUAGUUUCGAAAAUAGAAUGCCGAAAUCACGUUCUGCGAAAUAUGUGUAAUAAGCUGCGUGCACUAGGUAAAGAUACAAAAUACCCAAAAGUGCAGAGAAAACAUAUUACCGACGAGAAAGUUAUGAGUAUGAGAAAAGUCGUCACAACUUCAAUCAAACACAAUAAAAAUAAUCCCAGGGAUAUCGCUAUAAGACAAAUUCACGAAGACAUAACCAAUUCAUUGAACCACGCAUACGGGGACCACAGACGUUGCAAAGAUUAUUGCUGCUCUAAAGAUAAAUCCAUUUUGUCAUCAACUGUGGGAGAGCUUGAACACUCGACAUUUUGGUUUCGGCUAAAAGUCAUUUUAAAUUCGGUAGCCUCAAAAUCUCGGAGUCUACUGGAAGACGUUGACACCAAUGCUGUUGAGAGAUUCAACAGCGUGGUUGCCAAAUUCGUAGGAGGCAAAAGAAUCAAUUUUGCUUCUCGACGAUCAUAUCAGGCGAGAUGCUCUGCUGCUGUUGUUUCCUACAAUACCAAACGACCUCUUUACACCCUACAUAAAAAAAUAUUGGGAAAGAGUCCUGUGGGCAGCUUACAAAAACUAGAAGGAAGGAGAGAGCAAAAAAGAAAGCAAGCCAACGCUGUGAAAAGAAAAAAAAAUAGAACUAAACUUUUCGAGAAACAAAAUGACUAUGGUGGACGAGUAGCUGCGCCAGAUAUGUCUGUCGAAGACUAUAGUGCAGCGUCUGCAGAUUUUAUGACGAAUCUGAAUACACUGGUUUGUGACCGGGAGGGAAUACAAAAACGGACGACACUGCAACGCGAAAGCACUGAAUGGUUACAAAUCAGGAGAUUGAUGCUAACUGCUUCAAACUUUGGAGC